GGCCCGCAGUGACGCCGAGCGGUGCCAGCACCUGGAGGAGGUGGCCCAGGGCCACCAGCUGCAGCUGGACCAGCUGAGGCUGCAGGUGACAAACCUGGAGACCGCGCUCAGGGUCGAGAGACGGGGGGCCACCGAGGAGAAGAGGAAGCUGGUUCAGCUGCAGGCCGCGUACCAUCACCUGUUCCAGGAGUACGACGCCCACAUCAAGGCCAGUCUGGAGGGGGACAAACGGAGCCAGGUGACGCAGGAGCAGCUCCGAGCGGCCGAGUCAGCGCUGGCGCUGAAGCAGGAGCUCAUCGAUCGCCUCAAGGCCGAGGCCGAGCAACAGCGAGCGGCCCUGGAGACCAUCCCCGUGCUCCGGGCACAG